CAGAACUGAACAAAACAAAAUAAUAAUGUUUCGCCGUGGAAAAUUAUCCUUUCUAAACACCAAAGACGACCGCAUCAAAAUAAUAAACGAACGGAUCAAUAUAACAGAACGCCAUUUAAUGGAGAUGUGUUCUUCCUUUGCGUUGGUAACAAGGAAAAUGGCCAAAUAUCGCGACUCCUUCGACGACUUGGCCAAGAAUGUCAAGAGCUAUGCGGAUGAUGAGGAAAUCAACGAGAGUCUCUGUCAAGGACUAAAGAGCUUUACCAAUGCGGUAACCAUUAUGGGCGAUUAUAUGGACAUUAAUGUACACCGUUUGGAACAUAAGAUUGUCAACGAAUUGGCUCAGUUCGAGCAGCUUUGCAAGUCGACCAGAGACAAUCUUCGCCUGGCUGUCAUAGCCCGGGAUAAGGAGGUUCUGCGUCAACGUCAGAUGCUGGAGAUAAAGUCAAAGUUUUCAGCCAAUAACAGUGCCGCCGAUUCGGAGCUUUUUAAGGCCAAAAUGGAGGUACAGCGCACCAACAAGGAGAUCGACGAUAUCAUUGGGAACUUCGAGCAGCGAAAGUUGCGCGACUUGAAGCAGAUAAUCAGUGAUUUUAUUCUGAUCUCCAUGAAGCAGCACACCAAGGCGUUGGAGGUGCUGAGCGCCAGCUACUAUGACAUAGGAAGUAUCGAUGAGCGCGACGAUUUCCUGGAGUUUCAGAAGCUGAUGAAGACCAAGGAGGAACCCACGCCUCGCAAGGCGGCCUUAAAGAAGGGUCUGCGUUCCCAAUCGAUGGACAGUUUGGAGCACGAGCACCUUGUUAGUCCGCUCAAAAGGCGCCAGAAAUUGUCCAGGAGCAGCAAAAAUCUGGCAGGAGCAGGAAUAAGUCAUGGGAGUAAGACGGAGCCCGAGGAGGAAACCGAUGAGCAGGAUGAGGAGGAGGAUGAUGACGAAGAUGAGGAAACCGAUCAAAGUGGCGAUGAGGAGGAGGAAUCUGGAACUGCGUCAGACGACGAAAGGGAGCCCACUCAGCCGAGCACCCAGGUCACUCCACGCGAUAAUGUCUUUGGGGCCAAGAUUCGAUCCGGUGGCAAGGAAGCCACAACGCCCUCGACCAGCGCUAGUGCUUCUGCUCCUUCAAAACCCAGCAGACAAACGGUCAAACAUCCCUUCAAGGCGGUGGCCUCCACCCAUGUAAGGCUGCAGAAGCAGUUUCAUGUGCCCCAGCACUAG